GGUGUCGCCAUUUGCAAUUCUUUUCGCUUGUAUUUCGCAUAGUUACAUUUUCUAUUGUCUGCUUGUGGAUAAAACCGCUAAGAGUAUAGUUUUUGGUAAACGUUGGAAUAGUCUUCAUAAAUAAUAUAAUAUAACGACCAGCAAAUCUUCACUGAAGUGUUAAAUAUUUUUUGAGGACGUAGAUAAAACUAUUAUCAGAGAUAAUGAAGAUUAAGCGAGAAAAUAGCGACGAUGGCCCACAUGUCGACAAACGUAGUCGACGCAAUGAUGAUCAGAUACGUAUCCUCAUACCUAGUAAUAUUGCUGGCGCAGUUAUUGGCAAAGGAGGACAGCAUAUUCAAAAGAUGCGCACUCAGUAUAAAGCCACUGUAUCUGUCGACGAUUCUCAAGGCCCCGAACGCACCAUAUUGAUAUCAUCUGAUCUUGAGUCAACUCUACAAAUUGUAACCGAGAUGUUGAAAUAUUUCGAAGAGCGCGAUGAUGAGGUCGACGUACGUCUGUUGAUUCAUCAAAGUCUUGCUGGAUGUGUAAUUGGCAAAGGUGGUCAAAAAAUUAAGGAAAUUCGAGAUAAAAUCGGAUGCCGCAUUUUGAAGGUGUUCUCGAAUGUUGCUCCACAAAGCACAGACCGCGUAGUGCAGACUGUCGGAAAGCAGUCCCAGGUGAUUGAAGCCGUACGGGAGGUGAUUACGCUGACGAGAGAGACUCCUAUCAAGGGUCCAGUACAUAAUUAUGAUCCUACCAAUUUUGAUCGCAUGUACGCCGAUGAAUAUGGCGGUUAUGGUUCCGGCGGUGGCGGGAAUGGUGGUGGUAACAACCGCCAGUCACGCGGUGGACGCGGAGGCGGCGGAGGUGGCGGUAUGGGCAAUGGAGGCGGUGGCAACUUUGGUAACGAUCGCGGUGGACGCAAUGACCGCAGCCGCAGCGGUGGCCGACGCGAUAACCCAUUCAUUAAUCCAUGGGCCAAUGAUGAUGGCUUCGGUGGCAAUAAUGGUGGUGGUAAUUUCGGUGGCGGCAACUUCGGCGGUGGUUUCGGUGGAGGAAAUUUUGGUGGUAAUGGAGGCGGCGGUGGAUUCGGUGGAAAUAACGGUCCAUCUGGUGGCAAUUUCGGCGGCAAUGUCGGUGGUGGUAACCCCGGAGGCGGUUUCGGUGGCAACCAAAUGAAUAGCGGUGGAAACUUUGGUGGUGGCAUGAAUCCAGGCGGCGGAUUUGGUGGACCUAUUAAUAAUAAUGGAAUGGGAUCUGUGGCUGGUGGUAUGGGAUCUGGCGGUGCUGGAGGAUUCGGUCCUGGGCCGAACAAUAAUGGACCUAAUGGUGGAAAUUCUGGAAAUCUUCCAAAUGGCCAUGAUCCCAAAAACAGUACGCAGGUUACAAUUCCAAAAGACUUGGCGGGUGCUAUAAUUGGAAAAGGUGGUGGUCGUAUUCGACGCAUCCGCAACGAGUCUGGUGCCUAUAUUACAAUUGAUGAGCCAUUGCCGGGAUCAACCGAUCGUAUUAUUACCAUUUCCGGUAACCCAAAACAAAUACAAAUGGCCCAGUAUCUUUUACAACAGAGGUUGGUGUCCAACACAUCCUAAAAUGUGCACGAGAACAACAACGGCAGACGAAGCUUCUAAACCAAAUGUCGCCAAAAUCGGGAUAGAUGUCAGUAUGCACUCGUGUUAUUGACAAAAGCAUAUAUAUAUGUCAUAUAUACGCAAAAAUUUAACUUUAAGACUUACAAGCUCCUUAAAUUUCAUUAAUUCUAGAAAUGAUUUGAAUAUACACAGCAAUAUUCGUUUUUAAUUGGAACUAAACGAACAAUUAAAAAGACCAAACAAAUAAGCAAAUAACAUACAUGUAUUUAUGUAUUAAACUAAGCGCUGUCGACCUUUUUAUAAAUUCCCAUUCUGUAAAUUUCUUGAUUAUUAUCGUAUCGGCUAAUACUAAGUAAAUUCCAAAUGAAUGCAAUGAUGAAUUCCAAAAGAAGAGAAAAAUUGUAACACAUGCAGUCCCACCACUUGGGUAGCCUCGAUUAAAUCUUAUUUCAAAUGGUAAUUGUGCUGUUUUCAUCGCAUCGUACUGGAUGCUCUAACCUGUGUGAUUAAUUCGAGAACAUAUUAAGUGCUGUAUACUGAGGAAUAGUAACGAAAAGUAAUAAUCUCUAAUCAUUUGUUACUCUCAUGAAAUUUAUUACUAAAAAUCUGUGAAAAUCAUUAUCAGAUCACUCGAAUAUAAUGCACGCCAGGUCUAGUAGGGUCUGAUUAACAUAAGUGCGUAGUUUUUAAAUUAACUUCUGACGCAUACCACUAAGGUUGGUACCGACAUAUACCAUUGAUAAACUAAAAUUUUGACAGGAUUGUGAAAAUAGAAGCACUAUACCAAAUAGAUUAAACACUAACUGUUCUAGUUAUAUGGACUACUAAAAUUAAAAGGGAGUUUACGUAGUUAUUAGCAGUUUCAUUUAUGGAAACUUUUGCGUAAAACCAACAUCUUACUAACAAUAUUGUAAAACAUUAUUUGAAACGCUUUGGUCUGCUAUUUUUCUUAUGGCUAUUUUAUUAAGUAUGUGGAAUUCAGAUUCUACGCGCAUAAAGCGAAUUCUGUAAGUUUGUAAAAUCAUAUAAUAAUAAAGAUACAAACAUAUAUAAGUACAA